CCUUCCCCAAAAGAAAAAGUCCACCAUUGACAAAGCGCCAAUCGAAGCUGCUGCCGCUCCGGACCUUCCUGGCACAGAAAAUCUCAAAAAACCCAUUUGACUCGAAUCUUCACUAACCUAUCUUUAAUCUCAAUGUGCAAACGGUUGAUCUGAUUCUGUAGCAGCAGUGUAGAAAAACGACAUUCCCCUGGUCUUUUUUCAAACUUGACAAGGGAAGUGCAAAUCCCAUUUCUCUCUUCUGCAGCUGGUGGCGUCUCUCUCUCUCUCUCUCUCUCUCUCUCUCUGUGCAAAAUCCCCACAUAAAGCCCACCCAAACUGAAGCACAGGAGAACCCAUCUGUUCUUUUCUUCUUUCCCUUUUCGCCAUUGUCGCUGCUUGUCCCUUCUUGGGUGUGUGGGUAGCUCGGUAGAGCUCGGAAGCUGAGGAAAGAAGGGAUCUUUUCUUCUGGGUUUCCCUCAAAUCUUGAUUUUUUUUGUUAUUUUCCAAUCUCGUGUGGGAGAGCGGUAGUAUGUACAGAUCCGGGGCGGUGAUGGCUUGGAACGUGUUCAAAUUCUGCACGGCGCUUCGGGGUCUCGGCUCGAUCAUGAUCUUGCUCGUCCUGGGGGUCGUCGGCGUCACCUACUACGCCGUCGUCUUGACCAAUUACGGUCCGAACUUGUACGAGGGCGGGGUCGACUCAUUCGUCGCUCUUGGUGUCUUGAUCUUGUUUCACUGUCUGCUCGUUAUGCUGCUCUGGAGUUACUUUUCAGUUGUGUUGACGGACCCUGGGGGCAUACCACCCAAUUGGAGGCCUUCUGUUGAUGAGGAGAGAGGAGAGAGUGACCCAUUGAAUGGUUUGGACUUCAGCAUUUUGCAGUCUGAUCCAUCUCACAGGAGAAUACGCUUUUGUCGGAAGUGCAACCAGCCAAAACCACCACGAUGCCAUCAUUGUUCUGUUUGUGGAAGGUGUGUACUGAAGAUGGAUCAUCACUGUGUGUGGGUGGUUAACUGUGUUGGCGCUUUAAAUUAUAAAUAUUUUCUGCUUUUCUUGUUCUAUACAUUUCUGGAGACAAGUGUGGUUACUCUAUCAUUACUCCCACACUUCAUCGCAUUCUUUAGUGAUGGAGAGAUACCUGGAACACCUGGAACACUUGCAACAACUUUUCUUGCAUUUGUCCUCAAUUUGGCUUUCGCAUUGAGCGUCCUGGGGUUCCUGGUCAUGCACAUUUCCUUGGUUUCUGCUAACACGACAACAAUAGAGGCAUAUGAAAAGAAGACCACGCCAAAAUGGCGUUACGACCUUGGACGGAGAAAGAAUUUUGAACAGGUAUUCGGGACAGAUAAACUCUACUGGUUCAUUCCAGCUUAUUCAGAAGAAGAUAUCAGGCGGAUGCCAGCACUUCAGGGUCUCGAAUAUCCCUCAAGGCCCGGUUUCGACAGCGAAGAGUUCUGAGGGGAACUUGCCGUGCGCUCUCAGAGAGGUUGACCUAUUGACCCGACAUACAUGGAGGCCCCUGCACUAACCGUUUGUUAUUCACUGAUGCACCUUACUCGGGGCUCUGGUACUGUGGCUCUCCUCCUCAUAGAAAUAGUUCUGCGAGAGAGAAAGAGAGAUGUGACAAGGUGAUCGCCAAUCUCCGAGUUCCAUUUCCAUGGUCUCGGGCUGAGAUGUAACAUAUGCUUCGUUUAACUUACGCAACUGUAAUGUCGGAUCUUGUGAACCUUUACCCUCGAUCAAUUUGACACAUUCAUCUUCGAAGUUGAAUGUACCUGUUGAUGUAGAUAAAGAGUUCACAUGUCCAAAAUUUGUAGAAAUCCCUUUUUCCCCCUUCUACUACCAUGUUAUUUUUCAGCUUCUUGUUCUUCCUGUCUUCCUAUUUGGAAAGAAUAAUGGCAAGAAAUUGGCCAGUUGAGAUGAUAUCGGGUUUUUGCAUA